AAACUAUAGCUACUGCCUUUUGGCCUUCAGCAUAAAAUUGCAGUGUCAAAUCGUCGUCAUGAUCUAAACCAUGGCCAUCCUCUGGAUCGUUUCCAGCCUUGCAUUCAUCAGCACCGCCUAUGGCUGCGGUGUCCCUGCCACCCCUCCCCGCGUGACUGGCUAUGCCCGCAUUGUGAAUGGCGAAGAAGCGGUGCCCCACUCCUGGCCCUGGCAGGUGUCUCUGCAGCAAUCUAACGGCUUCCACUUCUGUGGAGGAUCCCUGAUCAACGAGUACUGGGUGGUGACCGCUGCUCACUGUAACGUCACGACCUACCACCGGGUUAUCGCUGGAGAGCACGACAAGAGCUACUAUUCCAAUGAAGAUGUCCAGGUGCUGAAGCCUGCCCAGGUGUUCAACCACCCCAACUGGAACCCCUCCACCAAAAACAACGAUAUUGCCCUCAUCAAGCUGGCCACCCCCGCCCGCCUGGGCACCAACGUGUCCCCCGUCUGCCUCGCCGAGUCAUCUGACUACUUCGCCCCCGGCUCCACCUGUGUGACCUCCGGCUGGGGUCUGACCCGCUAUAAUGCUCCCAAUACUCCCAAUAACCUGCAGCAGGCCGCUUUGCCUCUGCUCUCCAACAGUGACUGUAAGUUGUACUGGGGUAGCAAAAUCUCUGAUAUCAUGAUCUGCGCUGGAGGAGCUGGAGCUAGCUCCUGCAUGGGUGACUCUGGUGGCCCUCUGGUCUGUGAGAAGGACAACGUCUGGACUCUAGUGGGUAUUGUGUCCUGGGGAAGCUGGCGCUGCUCCACCAGCAUCCCAGGCGUCUACGCUCGCGUCACCGAGCUGAGAGGAUGGGUGGACCAGAUCCUCGCUGCCAACACCAUGGCCAUCCUCUGGAUCGUUUCCAGCCUUGCAUUCAUCAGCACCGCCUAUGGCUGCGGUGUCCCUGCCACCCCUCCCCGCGUGACUGGCUAUGCCCGCAUUGUGAAUGGCGAAGAAGCGGUGCCCCACUCCUGGCCCUGGCAGGUGUCUCUGCAGCAAUCUAACGGCUUCCACUUCUGUGGAGGAUCCCUGAUCAACGAGUACUGGGUGGUGACCGCUGCUCACUGUAACGUCACGACCUACCACCGGGUUAUCGCUGGAGAGCACGACAAGAGCUACUAUUCCAAUGAAGAUGUCCAGGUGCUGAAGCCUGCCCAGGUGUUCAACCACCCCAACUGGAACCCCUCCACCAAAAACAACGAUAUUGCCCUCAUCAAGCUGGCCACCCCCGCCCGCCUGGGCACCAACGUGUCCCCCGUCUGCCUCGCCGAGUCAUCUGACUACUUCGCCCCCGGCUCCACCUGUGUGACCUCCGGCUGGGGUCUGACCCGCUAUAAUGCUCCCAAUACUCCCAAUAAUCUGCAGCAGGCCGCUUUGCCUCUGCUCUCCAACAGUGACUGUAAGUUGUACUGGGGUAGCAAAAUCUCUGAUAUCAUGAUCUGCGCUGGAGGAGCUGGAGCUAGCUCCUGCAUGGGUGACUCUGGUGGCCCUCUGGUCUGUGAGAAGGACAACGUCUGGACUCUAGUGGGUAUUGUGUCCUGGGGAAGCUGGCGCUGCUCCACCAGCAUCCCAGGCGUCUACGCUCGCGUCACCGAGCUGAGAGGAUGGGUGGACCAGAUCCUCGCUGCCAACUAAAUGCUGAGAUGCUAGGAUGGACCCAGUAGGGCAACUUCAGUAAAAAUAAGUGACUCUGUUUGUUUCAUUAGUUAUUUCCAAACAUGACCUGGAAUAAUAUGACUUCAAUACUAUAGUGUUCAAAUGCAAAAAUGUAUUUCAAUAAAAUGUUAACAUUUUAUAUCUGAAA